GUCGGAUCUCACCCGUUGUUCUUCACUGGUUACUUCCGCCUCGCACCUCUUCGCUUUCUCCCCCGCCGUCGCUGCAGGAGCCUCUCUUGCCUUUCAAUCUCCGACCCGUCGCUCCGCCUUCCCUUUGCGGCCUCUGCGUAGAUAUCCGGUCUAGGGUUGGAGGGAAAGGUAACACUGAAUUAGUGGUUAAGGGCGUUCAUAGGGAGGUGUCGAAAGAGUUCAUUGCGGAGCUAAAGGAUAUCCUGCAAGUAAUUUGGUUCUAGAAGGUUAUGGAUUACUUUGUGGUGGUUGGUGUCUGACACUUGAUUUUGAAGAGCGUUUUUUUCAUGGGAAGCCGCAGAGCAGCUUCCACUGCACUGUGAAUGUUCCUGGUGUUAUCCUCUUCCAUAGGUGGACGAGACUUUGUAUACGUCAUCUCCUCUGGUGCCACUCGUUGUCGUGACAGCGAUGUCACGAGAGAGUUGUCCACGCAAACAUCGGGAUUCACGACAAAUUACCGACCCUUCACUCCCACGUUCAGCCAACUACACUGCAUUUCUAUAUUAUCUCCCUUUCUGCUUCUCCCCAUGAUUCCCAUCCCAAUCCCCUCAAAUGACGUCCUCCGGCCCUCUUUCGCUGCCUCCGCCGCAUGUGGUCGACGACUGCCGCGGCGUCCUCCAAGUGCUCAGUGACGGCACCGUCCUCCGCUCCGCCAACACCAGCUUCCUCGUCCCCGUCGCGGACGACGGCUCCAUCGAGUGGAAGGACGUCCCCUUCUCCCCCGGUCCCGACGCUCCCUGCCUCCGCCUCUAUCGCCCCCGCCGCGCCCCCGGCACCCGCUUCCCCGUCUUCUUCUACUUCCACGGCGGCGGCUUUUGCAUCGGCUCCCGCACCUGGCCCAACUUCCAUAACUACUGUCUCCGCCUCGCCUCCGACCUCGGCGCUUUCAUCGUCUCCCCCGACUACCGUCUGGCCCCCGAGCACCGCCUUCCCGCCGCCAUCGACGAUUCCGUCGCGGCGAUCGAGUGGCUCCGUUCCGGAGAUCCCUGGCUGGCCGAGUCGGCAGACCUUGACCGGGUAUUCGUCUCUGGAGAUUCUGCCGGUGGGAACAUCGCCCACCACAUCGCCCUCAGGUUCGGUUCCCCGGCCAGCCGCGCCGCCCUGGCGCCCGUCCGCCUCCGGGGAUUCGUGCUCCUGAUGCCCUUCUUUGGCGGAUCCAGGCGGACGCGGUCGGAGGCGGAGUGCCCCGACGACGCAUUCCUGAACCGGGGCCUCAACGACCGGUACUGGCGGCUCUCGAUUCCGGCUGGAGCAACACUGGAUCACCCGCUGGUGAAUCCCUUGGGGCCGGAGAGCCUGGAUCUGGAAGCGGCGGAGCUCGAGCCGAUGCUUGUGGUGGUGGGGGAGAGGGAUCUUCUGCGCGACAGGGCGGCGGAGUACGCGGCGAGGCUGAAAGGGUGGAAGAAGCCGGUGGAGCUGGCGGAAUUCGCGGGGCAGCAGCACGGGUUCUUCACGAUCGACCCAAGAUCGGAGGCGUCGGACGAGCUGAUGAGGCGCAUCAAGCGGUUCAUGGAGGAGAACGAGGGCUACGCCUAAGCAAGCUGAGCCCGGUUUGGUUCGAUUUGAUUUUUAGUCGGUCAGUAAGAACCAAGUUCAAAUAAAAAAUUUGAAUCGCGAUCCAGGUUUGCUCAAAUAUGAAUUAUGCUCGUGGUAUCGUGUUAUCAAUUA